AUGACGGCGGCAAUCGUUCGCCGUAGGGCUCUAAUAAGGACGACAUGGCGUGAGGCCUACAGCCAGCCAUCCAUUGGCCAGGUGCCUUUGCGGCGCUCGCUGAGCACGUUCAAUCAUUUUGUGGCAAGCACCAAGGUUGAGCCAAAGUCACCGCUGCCGCCACUGUUACCCAAUGCGAAGCCUUUCAGACUUGCUGUGAAGGACAACAUCGCCACCGAGGAGUUCCCGACGCAAUGCGCCUCGGCUAUCCUGGGCGAGCAUGCGUCUCCCUUUGAGGCCACCAUUGUUCGCCAGCUACGGCUUCGCGGAGCAAAUGUUGUUGGUAAGACCAAUAUGGAUGAAUUUGGUAUGGGGUCGCACUCUGUCAACUCUAUCCACGGACCGGUUCGCAACCCCCUAGCAGCAACUGGCGAGGAUGUGUCUGCGGGAGGCAGCUCUGGAGGCAGCGCAGUUGCAGUGGCACUUGACGAGGCGGAUAUUGCGCUUGGUACCGACACGGGUGGCUCAGUCAGGCUUCCAGCAGCUUAUACCGGCAUCACUGGGUAUAAGCCUAGCUAUGGCAUGCUCUCGAGAUUUGGCGUCGUCCCGUAUGCAAACUCCUUAGACACCGUCGGCCUGCUUGCACGAGAUGUGGAACCGAUCCGAGAACUUGUAUUCGAUACUGGACUAUAUCAGGAGCAUGAUCCUCAUGAUCCCACGUCGUUGAACGUUGAAGCCCGUCAACGCUGUUCAAAGGCUUGUCCUCCAACGCUACCAAGUCUCUCUCAGCUUACUAUUGGCAUACCAGUCGAAUACAACAUUGAUGAGCUGGACCCUUCCAUUCGUGCAGCUUGGGUUGCUACUGCUUCUGUGUUAGAGUCACAGGGCGCUCGUGUAGUUCCUGUAUCUCUACCGUCCAUAAAGGAAGCUCUUUGCGCAUACUAUAUCCUUGCCCCGGCUGAGGCCUCAUCUAACUUGGCCAAAUAUGACGGAGUACGAUACGGUGUUCGCGGUCCCGGAGGAGAUGCAGCUGGUGAGACACUCUAUUCAGAAGCUCGAGGUGCUGGCUUCGGCGCCGAAGUCAAACGCCGAAUUCUUCUGGGAACGUAUAGCCUGAGCUCUGAGGCCAUGGAUAAUUACUUUAUCCAGGCUCAAAAGAUUCGCCGAUUGAUUCAGCAAGACUUUGACAGAGUUUUCAAGCUGGAUAAUCCGCUCUACGAACCGAGACAAUUUGAUCUGAGCGAAAUGUCCGCCGAUACAGCUCUGGAAGACAAACAAGGUCCCGCUCAGGUGGAUUUCUUGCUAUCCCCAACUGCCCCAACAUACCCACCAAAAUUGAGCGACAUUCAAAAGCGAAGCAGUGUCGACGUUUAUAUGAAUGAUGUCCUCACUGUUCCAGCCAGUCUUGCUGGUCUGCCUGCCAUUAGCGUUCCGGUAAAAGCCGAACAAGGCCACCAGUUCCCUGCCGGUAUUCAGUUAAUUGCGCAAUAUUGGGAUGACAGGAGGCUAUUGGCGUUGGCGGAUAAGGUGGUGAAGUUGAUGGCAGCAUGA